CUCGCGCACUCGCAGCUCGGUAUAUAAAGGAGGGCGGCGGAGCGCGGAGGACGGCUGGACAGCGCAGCCCUUGGGACUAGUAUAACCUAAACUGUACAGAUCUGUGAUCGAAGACGUGAUCAAUGACGUCCGAGAGCUCUUCCUGGAUGAGGGAGUGGAUGAGCAGGUCCUCAUGGAGCUUAGAACACUGUGGGAGAGCAAGCUGAUGCAGUCCAAGGCGGUGGAGGGCUUUCACACGGAGGAGCAGCAGAUCCUGCAGGCGCAGCAGCAGCAGCAGCAACAGCAGCAGCAAUCCCAGCAGCCCCAGGUCAUCAUUCCGCCCGCCCAGCAAGCUCCCCAGCAGCAAGUUAUUGUACAAGAUUCAAAAUUACUACAGCACAUGAACGCCACAGGGAUGAGCGCAGCCGCCACUGCUGCAACUCUGGCCUUGCCCACAGGUGUCAGCCCCUAUCAGCAGCUCAUUACCAAUCAAGGUCAAAUCCUGCAGGUGGUGAGAGCUCCGAACGGGGCCCAGUACCUCAUCCAGCCCCAGCAGCAGGUGGUGCUGCAGCAGCAGGUCCUGCCGCAGAUGCAGCCCAGUGGGGUGCAGGCCCCCGUCAUUCAACAGGUCCUGACUCCCCUCCCAGGUGGGAUCCCUCAGCAGACUGGGGUUAUCAUUCAGCCUCAGCAGAUCGUCAUUGCUGGCAAUAAAGUCCCUCAGAAUGCACAGACUUGGCUGGAUUCCGUAGAGGCGGCCGGGUGCUGGCAGGCGGUGCGAUGGUGUGCUGCCCGUGAGGAGUUGAGAGACGAGCAGCUCUGUCUGCGCCUCCCCCUCUCCCCCGUGUGCGGUCACAGGGUCAUGCAGGCGGCUCCCAUGGCCGCCCCCGCGGGCCAGAGCACCGCGCAGGUGCCGCCGCAGCAGCAGCAGCAGCAACAGCAGCAGCCCGCGCAGCCGCCCAUGAUGCUGCAGGUGGACGGGGCCGGCGACACGUCCUCGGAGGAAGACGAGGAGGAAGAGGACGAGUACGACGAAGACGAGGAGGAGGACAAGGACAAAGACGGAGGAGAAGACGGUCAAGUGGAAGAGGAGCCUUUGAACAGCGGGGACGACGUGAGCGACGAGGAGGGCCAGGAGCUGUUUGACACGGAGAACGUAGUUGUGUGCCAAUAUGACAAGAUUCACAGAAGUAAGAAUAAAUGGAAAUUCCACCUCAAAGAUGGAAUCAUGAACCUAAAUGGAAGAGAUUACGUAUUUUCUAAAGCCAUCGGGGAUGCAGAAUGGUAAAAGUGACUGGUAUUUUGUAAAGCAAUGCAAGACACAUCAUGCUUUGGAUGAUACGCACUUCAGCUGACUUGUGGGGAAAACUGAGCUACUGGAAGUGUUAAAUGCAACACUAUGAUAAGAUCAAGCCUCCCUCUUUGUACAGCUUAUGUGUGAUGUCAAUUUGUAUACAGGUAUUUAUAACUUAAUAUUGCUGUUGACUGGUAAAAACAACUGGAGUCUGGAACAGUGUUUUUAUUUUAUUUUUUCCCCCACAACGUGCAACCAUAGAAAUGAAGAGAAAAACUUCAGGGAAUCUUUUGGUUUACAUUAGCAUUCAACAAAUUAGAUGCAAAUUCAUAACCCAAUUAAAGGCCUGUUUUCUGGGCAUACUGAGUGUGAAUGGGAUAGUUGUUCUCAGAUAUUUUGCAUGGACUCGGGUUAACUGGGAGUCCUGCGGAAUACACCUGAUCUUGGUCUCAUAUCUGAGGAUGAUAGUUUUCAGUGGGGGUACAGUAUGAAUUUUAUUUGCCAGUACUACAGACACUAAGCUUCCAUACACCACUCAGCCUAAAGACCGAAAUUGCUCAUUGGAGUCUUUUAGCAGUUUGAUGUCUCCUUUUCACACAUCGUUCUGCACAACAUAAACUACAGGUAUGUUUGUCCGCAUCUUGUCGUGUUAUACAUGGAAUCUUUUUUUUUUUUU